AUGGCGUAUGAUUACGCCAGUAGCCCUUUUCUGGAGGGUUUGAGAAAACGGAAAGCGGAAAACGUUAACAAAUUCGCUUUUGAUCUUGAGAAAGAAGUCUACGCGAACAACACAACGGAGCUAGCCCAACCCGUGGAAAAGAGGGUGACGACAGCAACACGGGUGCCGGUGGAGGCUCGUCAGAGCUUUUGGAGAGCUGCAAAAGCAGCUUUGGACUCCAGGGUAAGAAGGCUAAGGUGCUCCGUCGGCACCACCCCUUCGAGACGAGCCGCUGUGUUCGAAUUCGACGAAGAAUUGGACAAUUGA